GAGAGGCUGAGGGGAGGAUGGCGGCGGCGGCCGCCGAGGACGAGGCGACCGAGGAGGGGCAGCGGCAGCAGCAGCGGCGGAGGCGGCGGCGGCGGCCGUAGGAGCGGAGGCGCGCCUGCGGGGCCCGCGCACGAUGUUCGGGCGGUCGCGCAGCUGGGGCGGCGGCGGGGGCGGCGGGAAGGCCUCGCGCAACAUCCACUCGCUCGAGCACCUCAAGUAUAUGUAUCAUGUUUUGACCAAAAAUACCACUGUGACUGACCACAACCGCAACCUAUUGGUGGAAACCAUUCGAUCGAUAACCGAGAUCCUGAUAUGGGGAGAUCAAAAUGACAGUUCAGUGUUUGACUUUUUCUUGGAGAAAAACAUGUUUGUGUUCUUUCUGAACAUUCUGCGCCAGAAGUCGGGCCGUUAUGUCUGUGUGCAGCUUCUGCAGACUUUAAAUAUCCUCUUUGAGAACAUCAGUCAUGAAACAUCCCUUUACUAUUUACUGUCCAACAACUACGUGAACUCUAUCAUUGUGCACAAAUUUGACUUCUCAGAUGAAGAAAUCAUGGCAUACUAUAUUUCAUUCUUAAAAACACUUUCUCUGAAACUCAAUAAUCACACGGUUCACUUUUUUUACAACGAGCAUACCAACGAUUUUGCCUUGUACACCGAGGCCAUCAAAUUCUUCAACCACCCAGAGAGCAUGGUCAGGAUCGCAGUGAGAACCAUCACGUUAAACGUCUACAAAGUGGACAACCAGCCGAUGCUGCACUAUAUUCGAGACAAGACGGCCGUCCCUUACUUCUCCAACCUUGUCUGGUUCAUCGGUAGCCAUGUCAUAGAGCUGGACAACUGCGUUCAAACAGAUGAGGAGCACAGAAAUCGGGGCAAACUGAGCGACCUUGUAGCCGAGCACCUGGAUCACCUCCAUUACCUGAACGACAUCCUAAUUAUCAACUGUGAAUUCUUAAAUGAUGUCUUGACCGACCACUUGCUGAACAGCCUCUUCCUGCCUCUCUACGUGUACUCCUUGGUCAAUCAGGAGAAGACUGGAGAACGGCCAAGAAUAAGCGUCCAGGUUUCUCUGUAUCUGUUGUCACAAGUUUUCCUAAUCAUCCAUUAUGCCCCGCUGGUGAAUUCAUUGGCCGAAGUCAUUCUGAACGGAGACCUCGCGGUGUUUUCCUCAAAAGUGGAGCCAGACAUCCAGAAAAGCUCUGUCAAGGCGGGCAUCAGGUGCUUCAUUAAACCUUCGGAGACCCUGGAGCGCUCACUAGAAAUUAAUAAACAGAAGGGAAAAAAGAGGCUGCAGAAGAGGCCCAACUAUAAAAACGUUGGGGAGGAGGAGGAGGAGGAGAGGGGCCCGGAAGACAUCCCAGAAGGCACCGAGAGCCCCUCCAAGGGCCUCAAGCCCAGUGGGGAGAGUGAAGAAAUUGAGAUGGUGAUCAUGGAGCGCUGCAAACUCCUUUCUGCCACAGAGCAGAACAUAACCGACGAGGAGAAGAGCGCAGCAGCCUCCGAAAUGUGCAGCUGGAACAGGCCAUUUCUGGAGAUGGUGUAUAAUGCCCUGGAGUGUGCCGACUUUGACUACUACGCUAUUUUUGUGUUGUGUCUUCUAUACGCCAUGUCUCACAACAAAGGAAUCAAGCAGAUCACCCUGGAGAGGAUUCAGCUCUCGGCACAGGACGCUGAGGAGAAGAAUUCCUACAACCCCGGGCUUGCGGAGAGGCUCAUCAGGAUCAUGAGCUACGCUGCUCAGCCAGAUGGCAAAAUCCGUCUGGCCACCUUGGAGCUGGGCUGCCUCCUGUUGAAGCAGCUGGUGUUCAACAAACACGGCAGCAUUAUCAAAGAUGUGCACCUUGCUUGUUUGGAAGGGGCAAGAGAAGAAAGCGUUCACCUGGUGCGGCGUUUUUACAAGGGAGAAGAAAUCUUUCUGGAUAUGUUUGAAGAUGAAUAUAGAACUAUGAUGCUGAAGCCCAUGAAUGUGGAGUACUUGAUGAUGGACGCUUCCAUUCUGCUGCCCCCCACGGGAACCCCCCUCACGGGGAUUGACUUCGUUAAGAGGCUCCCCUGUGGCGAUGUGGAGAGAACCAGGAGGGCCAUCCGAGUGUUCUUCAUGCUGCGUUCUCUGUCACUGCACCUUCAGAAUGAGCCAGAGACUCAGUUGCCUCUGACGAGGGAGGAAGACUUAAUUAAGACAGACGACGUCCUUGAUCUGAAUAACAGUGAUUUGAUUGCCUGCACUGUGAUCACCAAGGACAGCGGUCAGGUCCAGAGGUUUCUGGCAGUGGAUAUUUACCAGAUGAGUUUGGUGGAGCCAGAUGUUGGGCGCUUAGGCUGGGGAGUCGUUAAAUUUGCUGGCCUUCUCCAGGACAUGCAGGUGACAGGAGUGGAAGACGAUAGCCGGGCCCUGAAUAUCGUCAUACACAAGCCGGCUUCCAGCCCGCAUUCCAAACCCUUCCCCAUCCUUCAGGCCACCUUUGUUUUUUCGGAUCACAUCCGUUGCAUCAUUGCGAAGCAGCGCCUGGCCAAGGGAAGGAUCCAGGCUCGGCGGAUGAAAAUGCAAAGAAUCGCAGCGCUUCUGGACCUGCCCAUCCAGCCAGCCAAUGAAGUGAUGGGCUUUGGACACAGCUCAGCUGCCACAUCACACCUGCCAUUCCGGUUUUAUGAGCAAACCCGGCGGAGCAGCUGUGACCCAACAGUGCAGCGCUCAGUGUUUGCCUCCGUCGACAAAGUCCCAGCAGGGGCACAGAGGAAGAGACUCCUCAGAAGGGACCCCGCUCCUCAUCGCUGCCACCGCCGCCACCACUUCCAGUUCCUUUGCUUGAAGAAGCGCUAGGCGAGAGAAGCCGACUGUUGUGGAUGGAGGCUGCCGAAUAGGAAGAAAAAUAAUCAGGCUUACAUGGACUGGGGGGAAAGGGCGCACGGAAGCUUGGAACACUAAAAACAGCCGAGAAUCUGUACCAGUCUGGCCUUCAGUGGUUGGGAGGGAGAGGAGGGGACCCAAAAUGUGAUUUGAGAGGCCCAGUGGUCCCAGUGCAGAUGGAUGGCCGAGGAGGCUGUGGACAGGGACUCCGUCCGUCCGUCCGUCCAGCUGGCCUAGAGCAGGAUUGGCAGGUUGCAAAGGCUGAAGGUGAAGCUCCGAGGCCUUGGGGGGCUUGGGGCCAAUCCCUUGGGCCUCAACCCAGAACCGUGUCUUUUGACCCUUUCAUAAGGGCUGUUUUUCUUCUCCCAGUUCUGCUUUUGAAAUCUUUUUAGCUGGAAGGCUGACACCACAUUACGGUAGCCAAGUUUACAGCAAUGCAACAGAGCAUUUCAGGAGAAGAAAAAGAUGCCUUUUUUAGGUGAACAAGAGGCUGUGAUUAGCUUUUCUUUCUUCCUUUUACAAACAGAAACUGCCUCUUUGCACUGGCAGCGGAAUGAUGUGUCCUUCCAUAGAAGCUAUAAAUGACAUAAUCCAUCUGAUAGGUUUGUGAGAACUAGCUGUGUGCUAAUUGGCCUCCUGAUAGCCAAAUGAGCCUUUCUGAAGAAGAAGAAGAAAGAGGGAUAAGGUGUCUGAUAGCUCAGAGCGAGAUAAGCCCAGGUCCUGUUUCUUAAUUUGCAUUGCAAGGCAGGGGAUUUCACAACCUCCUGUUUUAUGGCGCUGCUGGUCAUUUUUAAUGAUAGAAGCUGGGUGACAGUCAGUGAGCUUGUGGGCUCAUUUCCCAUCAACCCUGGGAAAGAGUCACGAACCAAUAGCCCAGCAUUAGGCCACCCUGCCUCAGAGGCAAAGCCUUGCUGCGUUUUCCUUGGAAGCCCGUGUCACAGGCCAUCCCCAGGGCUGUGGGGAAGAGGGGGGGAAGUUUAGGGCUGUGGGGUUUUGGAAGGCUGCUGUGAUGCAAAGCCAGCACAAUGCCCCUCGUCCACAUGCGAGUGGAGCCUGGUGUUUCUGUGGUUUUCCCUGGAGGGCAGGGUGUUUGGGUGUCUUCUUUUUCCUCUGAGCUGUCGUCGCCUGUUUCAUAGUAGCGCUUAGUAAGGCAGACUAUCAUGUCAUCUUUGUUGCUUGGAAAUUGAAUCACCACAAUUCAUGUAGAGCACAAGAAAAGGGGGGUCUGUGGGGGGAGGGUGUCUCUUAAGACUCUCCAUGCAACCACUGAUUUUCUCGUGUUGAAGUGGGGGUGGGGGAUCUUCUAUUUCAAGUUCAGCCCCCAGAUUGCUGAAGCAAACUAGUCUCUGGAGGAGAGCGAUCACCUGAUUCAGAGGACUAUAAAGACGGGUCAGGGCCCAUUUUCAGACAGUGUGUUCUGGAGAGGCCUGGUCCCCUUAACUUUCCCCGUCAAUUUCCUUUUGGCCACUCUCCUCAUUUUUAAAAAAUAAAACAUUCUUUAUUUCUGAAGUCAAAUAUCACAGUGUUGGGUUUCUUCUGCACUUCCUGAAAAUAGCCACUAUUUUCAAUAAACGUACUAGACCUUCA